AUGGGUAAAAAGAUUCAAGAAACCAAUCCUGUCAGCGAACCAAUUGCCCAACUAGAAACCGCAAAUGGUCACAAAUCAGAUAAAAAGAAAAAGAAGAAUAAAAACAAAAAUCAAGAACCCGAAGUUCAAGGAACUCAAAAAGAACCAAUUCUAAAGAGAAAGCUUGAAGAAACAGAAGAACAAGAAACCAUCAAGACAGAAAAGAAGAAGAAGAAGAAAUACAAAGAAGAGAAAGAAAGCGGAAAUUUUCAAGAAAGUGCCAAGAAAGAUAAAAAGAAAAAAGAGAGAGCAAGAAACAAGAUGAAAAUGGGAAAGCAAGAGGAAGUAAAGCCGGAAGAGAGAGUGGUGGUGUCUGGAAAGGAUGCGCAAGAAGCAAAGUAUGCGCCUUUAAAGUCUUUUGCCGAGGCGAAACUUUCUGAUAAUGUUUUGGAAUGUUGCAAGAAUUUCAAGAAUCCGUCUCCAAUCCAGGCUCAUGCUUGGCCAUUUUUGCUUGAUGAGCGUGAUUUUAUUGGGAUUGCAAAAACCGGGUCAGGUAAGACUUUGGCGUUUGGAAUACCAGCAAUAAUGCAUGUUCUGAGCAAGCGGAGAGGGAAAUCGACAAAGGGGGCGAAACCACUUUGUCUUGUGCUUGCACCUACAAGAGAAUUAGCUGAUCAAAUUUCAGACGUUAUACAUGAUGCUGGGGAACCUUGUGGUGUGAGAUCAGUUUGUAUCUAUGGAGGAACUUCCAAAGGACCUCAAAUAUCGUCUCUGAAGGCUGGUGUUGAUGUUGUCAUUGGAACUCCUGGUCGUUUGAAGGAUUUGAUAGAAAUGGAUGUAUUGCACCUUAUGGAGGUAUCUUUUGUGGUUCUUGACGAAGCAGAUAGAAUGCUAGACAUGGGAUUCAGACAGGAAGUUCGUUCAAUAUUGAGCAACACAUGUUCUGCCCGCCAAAUGAUAAUGUUUAGCGCUACAUGGCCUGUUGAUGUUCAUAAUUUGGCAGAGGAAUACAUGGAGCCUAAUCCUGUUAAGGUGGUUGUAGGUUCCGAGGAUACAGCUGCCAACCAUGAUGUCAUGCAGAUUGUUGAGGUAUUGGAAGACCAUCUACGAGAUCAGCGUUUGAUUGCUUUGCUAGAAAAAUAUCACAAAUCUCAACAGAAUAGAGUGUUGGUUUUUGCCUUGUACCAGAAGGAAGCUGAACGUCUUGAUGGAAUGCUAAAAAAGAGUGGUUGGAAUGUUGUUUCUAUACAUGGCAAAAAACUACAAGAACAACGAACGAAGGCAUUGUCAUUAUUCAAGAAGGGAAGCUGUCCUUUGAUGGUUGCUACUGAUGUGGCUGCUCGAGGAUUGGAUGUUCCGGAUGUUGAGGUAGUAAUCAACUAUACUUUUCCACUCACUACAGAGGAUUAUGUCCACAGAAUCGGCAGGACUGGACGGGCUGGUAAGAAGGGUGUUGCUCACACAUUUUUCACACAUCAUAAUAAGGGGCUCGCUGGAGAGUUGGUCAAUGUUCUUAGAGAAGCUGGGCAAAUUGUUCCACCUGCCCUUUUGAAAUUUGGCACUCAUGUGAAGAAAAAGGAGUCCAAGUUAUACGGGGCUCACUUCAAAGAAAUCUCUGCAGAUGCUCCGAAGGCUAAGAAAAUAACUUUUAACUCAGAUGAUGAAGAUUAA